AUGAGUCAAGGACAAGUGGGUGGGGUACAUAUUAAUCAUAAUAUAGAUUUCCAGGAAGUGGCUGGCUUAAACCUAGCGCAUAAAAUGGCCAGCGGUUCUGACCAUUAUAAUACAAACAAAAGCGAAAUUUCUGUAGCUCAAGAAAGUUCAAUAAACGAUGCUUAUUCAGCCCCUGAAGCUAGAUUUGAGUGUCCAAUUUGUCUAGCUUGGUUAAGGGAUCCAGUUCUGACUUCCUGUGGCCACCGAUUUUGUAGAACUUGCAUAUAUUCUUGGUUAGAAAAAAAUAGUGCUUGUCCAGUAGAUAAUAUGAAGCUUAACAAGGAAGAUGUAUUUCCUGAUAAUUUCACAAGAAGGGAAAUAUCUCAGCAGCGUACAAAAUGUCCUAAUAUUGUUAGAGGUUGUUUAGAGGAACUUUCUCCUCUAGAUGUUGAAUCUCAUCUUCUGGUUUGUGAAUUUAAAAUUCCAGAAUUACCGGAUAAUGAAAAGUUACGAUGUUCAUUCAUUGAUGUGGGUUGUGAAGACAAGUUUGAGGAUGAACCGGAGCUACAAAGGCAUUUAGAACAACAUAUUCAAAAACAUUUAACCCUAUUAUCAAAAGCUUAUACUGCUGUUGCAGCCAAUAGAAAUGCUGCUGCUGCUACUGCUAGUACAUCUGCUAUUGCUCAGCAAGCCAAUUUUUGGGAUCCUCCAGCCAAAAAUGAGGAACAAACUGUAGUUAGAGAUAGUAAUCUACAAGAAUUAUUAAAGGCCUUAUAUGAAAAAAUUGUGUUUUUGGAACAGAAAACUAGAGAACAAGACAUAAUAAUCGCCAAUAUGUCUGAACAAAUUUCAUCCUACAAUCUCUCGAUGACAAAAUUGCAUCAGCGGUACUGCAACGGUUGUUACUUAUGGUAUUUCAAUGAUUUUAAAAACAAAAUAAAUGCCAUGAGAGAAAAUCCGCAUCUAAUGUAUUAUAGUCCUGGAUUUUUUACAUCGCCGAAUGGAUAUAAAUUGUGUAUACGUUUAAACUUGUCGCCGAAAGACAAUCAUUAUAUUGCAGUAUUAAUACAUGUCAUGAAAACCGAUCAUGAUGAUGCUUUAGAUUGGCCGUUCAGCGGGAAAUUGAGUGUAACAUUGGUUCAUCCUACGCAAUCGUAUCGAAAUAUUAAGGAAACUAUGAUGACCCGACCGGAAUUAGACGCAUUUAAGCGACCAGUUCAAGAUUUGAACCCAAAGGGUUUCGGUUAUACCGAAUUCGCUUCAUUAGAGGAAAUAAUGGAACAGGACUUUGUCCACAAAAAUCAAUUGACUAUUAAAGUUCAAGCUCAAACCGUCUGAUUGUGUUUUUUGUUUUUACUAAAUUAAUAUUCAAUAUUGAACCUCGUAUCGAACAGGGCCAUAUCAAGAAAUGUAUUUAUGAUUACUCAUGAAUUAAUUUUCAGAAAGUUAAAUUAAUUGUAAAAGUGUACUGGGUGUCCAAAUAAGAAAGGACGCCAGAUAUCAACAAUUCAUCGUAGAAUUUUUGAAAAAACAUUUCAAGUAUAAAGUUGACAAUAUGAAUAGCUGAAAAUUAUUUUUAAAUGUUUUUAUUUCGACACUAGAUGGCGUAUGCUUUAUAACUAACUAGCUGAUCCGAUCCCGCUGCGCUGGAAUUUCUCAAAUCUCAAUUAUUAAAAGUGAACAACAGUUCGUUACUUGAGAGAAAUUUUUUCAUGCGAUACCUGGCAAAUUUUUUUAUUUAUUUUUAAUAGUUUUUAAUAAUAUUUAAUAAUUUUUAUUCAUUUUUAUUUAUUUGUAUUUAUUUUUAUUUAUUAUUUAGUCUUACGAUACUCCCCAUUUCUCCAUCCUUAAAAUGUGAAAAUCCAAAAAUCUUGAAAUACGUCAAACUAACUCCAUCUUACGUUUUGUCCAUUCUUUACUUUACUGAUUAAAAAAAGUUUGGUUAAAGGUGGACAUCAGUAGGAUACAACCUGUAUCUUAGAAACUAGUUUUAUAUUUUCAACAUAACUUUUAUUUUGUAAUUGCGCCUUCUAGUGACAAAGUUGUUAAUAAUUUUCAGCGAUUUAACUUAACCAAUUUUAUCAUUAAAUGUUGUUUCGAAAAUUCUACGUUAUAUUGUUUCUUAGAUACAGCCCACACUUAAACAAACACCCGGUGCAUAUUGAGAAAAACUCGAAUUAUUUCUUUUUAAAAAUGUUUUUGUAAAUAAAUUUUUUAAUUGUUAUUGGCAGACUAAAAUUUACUAUUUUUGUAUCUUUUAUCCAGAGGGGUAAACCGCAGGUUAAAAUUUGUACAUCUAAUUCCCUUUAUUACCCAUUUCAUGCAAUUCCUUUAAAUUAUCUCUUUAAUUCGCCAGCCCUUCCCACAAUUCCUUAAAUGUCUGCUAACCUGUAAAUCCUCGUUAUUCACUAGCCUUGUACAUUUAAUUGCCUUUGCAGUUUGCCUCUCUCUUUAUACUGUUAUUGUUACUAUUUAUACAUUGCACUUAGUACUUAAAAUCAAAAUUGUAGGAUAUUGAUUCGCUAUGCAGUAUAAUGUAUUGUGAUGCAGAAUUAAGAGCGAUUUUGAAAACUGGGUAUCGUGCUGUGUCAUUCCAUGCUUAUAACAACCCCACAAUUUCAAGCGGAAUUACUGUUUUAUGUUUUCUUUCAUGUUUUGCUUUUUUUCCUUUCCUUUCCUUAUCCUUUUUUUGUGCCUUAACUUUUUUACAUGUCCUGGUGUACCGGAACGAAUGACAACCCUAUACCACGCAAUUACCUCGUCCAAUUUCCCCACUUCUGAAUAUAACGAAUGGUAUAUUCUUCUCGAAAUUGUUCGUAACCUUCGUCGGCUGGCGUAAAUCCCACUAUACUCGCACUUUUAAAAAUCGCUCUCUAAUCUGUUGUACCCUGUAUAAGUAUUAAAUUUGUUGAAACUAUUUUUAUCAAAU